AUGGCUUCGCAAGCUGAUAUGAAGGACCGCCAGUUCCUCGCCGUCAUUGGCGACGAGGACUCGGUUACCGGUCUCCUUCUUGCCGGCAUUGGGCACGUCAGCACGAGUGCUGAUCAGGAGAAGAACUUCCUAGUGGUGGACAGCAAGACCGACACCUCUGCGAUCGAAUCCGCGUUCGAGUCGUUCACGACGAGGAAGGACAUCGGCAUUGUCCUCAUCAACCAGCACAUUGCCGACCGCAUAAGACAUCGCGUUGAUACCUACACGGCCGCUUUCCCGACGGUUCUCGAGAUCCCGAGCAAGGAUCACCCAUACGACCCAGAGAAGGACAGCGUUCUCCGCAGGGUUCGCCGGUUGUUUGGCGAGUAG